AUGCCGCACGUUUUAGCAAAAAUAUCAAUGCAGCUCUUAGCAAAGAGCAAUGUGGAUUUCUUGAGCAUUGCUUCUAGGGCACAAAGCAAUUACUGGAGCAAUGUGCCGAUGGGCCCCCCUGAUGCCAUUCUUGGGGUCGCUGAGGCCUUCAGGAAAGACACAAGUCCUAAGAAAGUAAACCUUGGUGUAGGAGCUUACAGAGAUGACAACAACAAGCCAUAUGUUCUGCCAUCAGUGAGACAGGCUGAAGAAAACAUCUUUAAGAAGUGUUUAAACCAUGAGUAUGCUCCUAUUGGUGGUGAUCCAGUGUAUUGUGAUCUUAUUGCCAAACUUGGCCUUGGUGAGAACAGUUUAGCCAUUAAAGAAAAAAGAAAUGCGACUGUCCAGUCGAUAUCUGGUACUGGUGCCCUGCGUCUUGGAUUCGAGUUUAUUGGAAAGCAUUACAACCACGCUAGGGAGAUUUGGAUGCCUUCACCAACAUGGGGCAACCACCCACAGAUCUGUAACACAUUGGGCAUUACACACAAGAAGUAUCGCUACUAUGACCCUAACACUCUCAAAUUCAAUCUAAAGGGGUGCUGUGAAGAUAUCUGUUCAAUGCCACCGGGCGCUAUUAUUCUGCUGCAUGCGUGCGCGCACAACCCCACCGGUAUCGACCCUAAACCUGAAGAAUGGCAGAUAUUGUCUGAGAUCAUAAAAGAGAAGAGAUUGCUGCCCUUCUUCGACAUGGCGUACCAAGGAUUCGCGACCGGCAGCGUUGACAAUGACGCGUUCGCCGUGCGGCUCUUUGAAAAACACGGACACCAGAUCAUUUUGGCUCAGAGUUUCGCCAAAAACAUGGGAUUGUACGGUGAACGUGUCGGAGGACUCACGUUCGUAUGUGCCGACCAAGACACUGCCGCUAAGAUGAUGUCGCAACUGAAGAUCAUGAUCCGAACGCUGUACUCUAAUCCUUCCAUCAACGGAUCGCGUAUCGUCACCGAGAUCCUUUCCAGCCCUGAGUUGAAGGCCCAAUGGUUGAAGGACGUGAAAGAAAUGGCAGAUCGUAUCAUCCUUAUGCGUAAGAAACUGCGUGAGGGUAUCGAGAAGCGUGGCAGCAAGCACAAGUGGGACCACAUCACCAGCCAGAUUGGCAUGUUCUGUUACACUGGACUCAAACCUGACCAGGUGUUGCGAAUGACAAAAGAUUUCCACAUUUACCUAACGAAGGACGGUCGUAUCUCCGUCGCUGGCAUUUGUUCAAGUAAUGUUGAGCACGUCGCAGAGGCGAUGCACACGGUCACUGCGUCCGCCAAAGUCAGAGCCUAA